UAUAUUUGUAUCUAAUAAUGCAAUAUUUUGUCAAAAUAUGACCUCAAAUAACCGAGCAGCUGUACAUUUUGCAAGAGUACCUCUCGGCUGGCGACAUCGUCGUAAAACGGUGUUGAGGCCCCGACCUAGAUCAGCUGAGUUGAGCGUAUACUAGGGAAUGCAGACUACACAGUGUUUACUACGGCGCUACGGUAUCGCAUACUACAUGGCCUGCAAAAUCGCCGCCAUUCCUCGAAAUGUCGAUGAAUGAACAAGGAAAUAUUUGACAAGCUGAUGGUAAAAGUUCACCAUGAGUAGUAGAAGAGGAGAAUCAAGGUUGAAACGUGGUCGGUCAAACAACUCUCCCCCUCCGACAACAACUAAGGCCACUGGAAGCAAAUCUAAGCGAAGAGCUGCCGCUACAUCCGAGCAAACUCCUCCAGAGGUAGUUAAAGCAAAGGAAGAAGCUACAGGAGACUCCGAGGUAUCCGAGGCAGCUGUCACCACAGGAACAAAGAAAUCUGGGAACAAAAAUGGCCAGGAUGGGAAGAAAUCCAUCACCAGCAAUCGAGGUCGUAAUGGCAGAAACAGAAAAGGUUCCACAGAAAAAGAUAAAACUCCUCCCUUAGUGGCAAAAGACAACAGUCCCUCAGCUGUCAUCACAACUCCUUCAGUCAUACCACAGUUACCUCCUCCUGUUACAACCUCACAGUUACCUCCCCCUGUAACUUCCACACAGUUGCCUCCCCCUUUGGCUUCUACACAGUUAUCCCCCCCUGUAUCUUCUACACAAUUACCUCCCCCUGGAAUUACCACACAGUUGCAUCCUCCUGUAACAUCCAUGCAGCUACCUCCCCCUGUGUCAUCAGUGCAGUUACCACCUCCUCAUCUUCGAGAGAGCCCUGUAUUUCAGCAACCUACCUCUGAGCGUAGUACACCCAUAAGUGAACACGUCAUGGAGAGAGGCUCUGCAGAGCGUUACCAGACUGACAGGGGCUCUGCAGAGCGUUACCAGACUGACAGAGGCUCUGCAGAGCGUUACCAGACUGAACGGACCCAAGUUGUGUGCACACCAACAGAAGAUGAAAAAAGAUCAAGAGCUAUUCCUCCUAAAAAACGGAAAGGGAACGAGUUUGAGAGUGAAUCGUCUCCACUUGGUCCACCAGCCAAGAGACCUAUGAUUGACUUGAUUAAUUGGAUUAAUCAGCGGGUGCUUGCUCGUCGGGAUGGUCUGUACCAACCAGGGGAGAUCCGUGAUAUUAAACAUAACCGCCACAUAGGGAUUUUGUUUGACAGUGAUAAAAACAUGGUUUACUUUAAUGAUGUGCUUGAACAGAAAAAUAACCAUGACAUUAUCAGUGACCAUAGUCCAAUGGCUGUCAUGGUAGCUGUUGGUUCUCGUGUUUGUGUUCGCAUCAAUCCAGAGGUUAACUAUUACUAUGAGGGACAAGUAGUGGACAAGAAGUCUCAGCCAAUCAGCUAUCGUGUAAGAAUUCAUGGUCUACCAGAAGAAAAAUAUGAAUGGGUGUCACGGGCAGUGCUAAGACUUUUACAUCCUCCGUGGCAUGAGGAGUUUGAAGAGGGAAUCCCUGAACAGGAGACGCCCCCUCCCCCUCCUAUGAUACAAUCUAGUUUUCAGUUGCAGAUGCAGGCACAUCAGCAUGGACAGCAUCCUCCUCACCAACCUAUCCCUCCUUCGAUGGAAGUAAGCCCUCCUUUGAGCCGCCUCAUACGCUCACCAUCACUUCCUCAGAGCACAAGUAACGAACGCGGGGAUUCUUCUGAUGAUGAUAUUCAAAGUGAAGAAUUUUGCUUUGAUUCAUCAGGACUUAGUACUCCAAGAUCCGGAAGUGCAACACCAGGCUCAGGGUCAAGGUCACAAGGUGAUCGAAAAAAUCAGCCUCCAAAGAAACGUGACUCGGCUAGAAGUCGCAGUGCUCAGUCAUGUGAGAGUGGGAGUCGGUCAAGCACUCCCAGGUCACCGUUGACCACAAAGUACAAAAAAGGGGAUGUUGUUUCUACGCCGAAUGGAAUACGUAAAAAAUUCAAUGGAAAGCAGUGGAGGCGAUUAUGUUCCAAAGAAGGAUGUACAAAGGAAUCUCAAAGACGUGGUUUCUGCUCAAGGCAUCUGUCUAUGAAAGGACAGAAAAAUAUGCGGAAUGCUCCUCCAUUUCCCGGUUGUCGUACAGGGGAACUGAAGGAAGGACAGAUAGACUGGAGUGACGGUCGCGGAGAAGGGGAGUAUGACCCAGAACACGGACAUGUACACAACCGAUUUGAUGAAACUGAGGCAGCAAACAUGUUGGUGUCCCUUGGUAAUUCACGUUCAACUACGCCUGCAUUUUCACCGACACCUUCCCAGAACCCCUUAUCUCCACAGUUAAGUGUGCAGUCUCCUACAAGUGGUCAUGGCUCCAGGAAUUCUGUCUCGUUUACGCCGAUUUCUCCACAUCCUCAAACACAGGCAUUUAUAACCUCUCCGACCCGUAGUUGGAGUUCCUGUGCGUCCAAAUCAGGCAGCUCAUCCUCGGAACAUGUCUCUCCAAUAACUCCAAGAUUUCCGUCAAAUUCCAGUUCUAUUCCAAUGUUUCAUUCUCCGAGUCAUGUGAAUGAACACUUCCUUCAGAAAAUGUCUGCAGUUCAGAUGGUUAAACAGGACUCAAAAAAGUGUGAUGAUUCAGGCAUAGAGAUACAGACUCAAUCAUCAAAAACGUCACAGAUUCAGAUGCCAUACAUGGCGGGCAUGUUGUCCCCAAAACGAGGUUUAACGGGGAUCGUGAGAGAGGCUGGCAGUGUGUCAUCCAUCACACAUUAUAACCCAGACUUACAAAAUCGUAGAUUGGUGCAAAGUCACUCGGUCAGUGCUCUCCCUUCUCACCACAGCUUGUCGGAGAACAUUGUUGAGCCCAGAGUUUCUCUCAAUUCUGUCACCAUGGCUACAACUGUUGUUCAACAGUCGGCGACCAUGGCAACACUAAAAUCGUUGAUCAAUAGCAACCCACGACAGAUGUCAGUAGCACCUGUGUCUUACCAAGUACAGGAGAUGGGAACACCACAAACAAACAUUCUGAAGAACCAGAUGACAUCGGUGAUACAGCAACAGUUGCAGCAUGUUUCCCAGGUAACUGGUACAGCCAGUGUUAUUGGAGCAGCAUCCCUCUUACCCAUAAUGCCAGUGGGAGAGGUCACGAGACUGGCGCAGACAGUCACAACCACAGAAACUGAAUCGAAGAAGCCUGUUCCAGUGUUUCCCUGGCAUUCACUUGUGCCGUUUCUGACAAACACACGAGGAGAGCAAGCACCAUCUAGUGGCAGUCAUCAGCAGCCUCAGGAACCGUCGCCCACACCUAACUCACAAACUACACCAGCACAGCUUCCAGCUGCCAACAGCACACCAGAGGGGGCUCACCAGAGUGUGUCAGACGCUGGAGAAGAGGAAGAUAAUGACGACUACGACGAUGAUGUAUUUGACGAGAAGGAACCAGCUCCUGUUGAAGUUGUGCCAAAAAAGGAACCAAAGUCACCAACCAAACGUAGAACACAAUCACUGAGUGCUAUCAAAGAUGACAAAGAGCCGAAGAGCCCUCGCAAGGCCAAGGACAAAGAUCAUGUAAGGCGUCCCAUGAACGCAUUCAUGAUCUUCAGUAAACGUCAUCGUCACAUGGUUCACCAAAGACAUCCUAACCAGGACAACCGAACCGUCAGUAAAAUUCUGGGCGAGUGGUGGUAUGCCUUGGGACCUAAGGAGAAACAGAAGUACCACGACCUGGCAUACCAGGUGAAGGAAGCUCACUUCAAGGCCUACCCUGACUGGAAGUGGUGUUCUAAAGAGAGGAAGAAAUCCAGUACCAUUGCCAGCCAGCUCAAACAAAGAAGUAGUACUGGGCGCAGACUCAGCUCCACCGACGACAUGGAGGAUAUAGACAAACCACUGUUAGAAGACCUGGAGGAGGAAAUCAAGGUUCCAGAUGACCUAGAUGUUUUCAAGCUUCAGGAUGAUGUCAUGGAUCAAACUGAACAGGAACAGAGGGAGCGGUCAUUAUUCGAGAUUCGUCGAGUGAGAUCCCAGAGCCUCUCUGCUGUCCCGAGGGAAGGCGGUUCAGCAUUUUUCCCUCCAAAGAGAGAAGAAGACAAACAAAGAUUUACUGAGGAUCUGAAACGACAGCUGUUACCAAACCAACAAAGCUACGCCUCCACAUCCAGUGUUUCUAUGGCAACUGGAAAUCAGCAGCAGCAGGCCAGCCACUCACAGCAUCCUCAGUUCUGUGCCAUGGUUUCUAGAGAAACAGAUGGUGAUGAUGGGUACAGUGAUGAUGAGAGAAUGGUUAUAGACGAAGAAGAAAAGAAAGAUGGAGCAGAGGAUUUGGGAGACACCAGCGAAACAGACACAAAAAAACUGGAGUGCAACGAAAACGUUUAUGACAGUGAGACAGACAGUCAGACAGAGGAAGACACACUCAUCGAAAACAAAGCAUUUCCUCAACAACGAUUCUCACCUGUCAUGAAACAUAUCAGUCCGUCAGAGAUUCCGUACCGUCCGACACCCAUCAGAAAGCUUCCAGAAUCUUCUGGACAUUCCACAGCAUCCACAACUGGAACUUCUGAAGGUGAUAGUCCCCGACCUUCAAGUGCAGGAGGCUUCCGACCAAAAGGGAACGUGUUCAGUGCCAAUAAACCAUCACGAUUAAUGUCCACAGGAAGUUCUAUCAGAAGUGAGUCUCCUUUGGCACAACAUUUUACAUUUAAUCGACACGAUUCCCGGACACCAGUUACCCAGCAGCACACUGUAAAGGUUGGUCAAAUGAAGCUCCAUAAUAUAACCAUGACAACACAAGAAAAUCAACAGAUUCUUGUAUCCUCAAACACUGAGACAAUUCUUGGAAAGCAAAAUGGACGGGGCUCUGUAAUGAACAAAGUAACACAAAAACCCCAGAGAGGGGGUCAAAAACAGCAGCCGAUACAGCAGCAACAGAUACAGCAGCAACAGUUACAGCAGCAGCAGCAUUUACAGCAGCAGCAACAGAUACAGCAGCAGCAGCAUUUACAGCAGCAGCAGCAGUUACAGCAGAUCCAGAUACAGCCAAGUGUUUCCCCACACGGUGGGAUACAGCUGGGAAAGCCGGUCACCUCUAGCACAGUCCAGUUGGUGCCAUUUACACAGACUGUUGCCACAAGUGCUAACUACGGGUCUAACAUGGUUCUUCCCACAUACUCUACAAUGGGUAAACCAAUCACCACGCCCGUCCCUAUAGCCUCCAAGCCUUUCGUGUCGAUGCAGCAAGCACAGAUUGCCACUCCGACAUUGUUGAAGCAGGCAGUCACUGGGAAUGGUCUGCAUCAACAGCAGCAGGCUUUAUUGCAAGCAUCCCCAAAUGGAAACGUGAAAAAUGUUGGUACUAUUUUAGUGCAAAAUCUUCCUUCAAGUCAGUAUGGCAUGUUACUGAACACAACAUCUAUCGCAUCGUCAGUGAACAGCAAGACAACAGCUGUGCCAGCCAUGCCAUCAAACAUGUCGAAUGCCUUCAUCACAACGAUUAGAAAUGUUGUCCCUUCUCAGGGCCAGACAGCGCAAGGACUUGUAUCACAAGCUAACACCCAGAACCAGCCUCUCACACAGGCCACACUACUAAACACCCUUGUACUAAAGCCUAAUCAGGUGGCACAUCCUCAGCAGGCUCAGUCUCCACAGCAACAGUCAGUGCAGCAAACCAUUAACCUAUCACAGGCAGGCUUACAACCCACACAUGUGCAGUACAUACUUCCUUCUGUACGGGUGGCAACACCCAAUGGAGGUAAAGUACAGAAUGUUGUCCAGAUGGCACUACCAGCAACCCCAGUACAACAAAAUAACAUUCAACUGACUUUUGCAGGACAACACUCCCAACUCCAUUCGCCUUUGCCCCCGCAGCAAAUUUCCCAGCAUUCCCAGCAGCAUCCGCCAUUACAGCCGUCAGUCCAGACAGGAAAAGUCCAGUUAGCUUCAGUUGCAGGAAAUGGCUUAAAAGUUGCAGCGAUGACAAGUCAAGGCAAAAUGUUACAGCAUCAACAAGGUGGACUCCUUAGUACACAUGCCAACCUGGCCUCCCCCAUCGUUUUGAACCAGACCAAGCAGAAUCAGGCUGUUCCCAUGGUGACACAAUUUCUAGCAAUGAGUCAGAACCAACAGGUUCAGUUACCUAGUGUGUCACAGGGGCAGAGUUACAUGUCGUUACAACAGGGUGGGCCACACACCCCUACCCAGCUACAACUCCAUCCCCAGGCCCACACACAGCUGAUACAGCAACAUGGGGGACAACUCCAGGUCCAUGGGACACAACUCCAGGUACAGCAGGUCCAACAGGGAGGACAACUCCAGGUUCAGCAGCUGCAGACAGCAACUCAGCAACAACAAGCUAAAUUAUUGCUACCAUCCUCACAGAACACUAGGAUGUAUGUGCAGCCUAAUUCUAUCAACACAGUUGCCAUGGCAGCGUCCCCACUCCCUAAAAUUGACGGGGUUCAAGGAGUUAACUCCCCUUCAUUUAUCAACUACGUACAACAAAACCCCCAGGGAGCAGUACAGCAGGUGAUGAUACAACAGCAGCACAAUCCGACACGUUCACCUGCCCCUAGCCCAGGGGCACCCCAGAUACAAGCCUCCCCUGCCCCCCAGGGGCAAGUGACCUAUGCCUCACAGGCACCCCUUGCUCCCAAAACUGUGAUGACCAACACUAAGGCACAGAGUCCUCCACAGCUACAAGCCACUACAGCAUACCAGGGCACAGGACAAGGAAUGUACAAGCAACAGGCUCCAGCUUCUAGUUCCCCCAUCACCUCGGGAGUCGACAUUGGCUACAUCACUGGGGCCAGCCUACAGUCCAAGUCAUACCGGGUCAAAGCCACCAUUGCUAAUAUCCCUGUGGCUACGGAGAGUCUCCAGGUCACUGCAGCACUGCAAGGUCAAAGACCAUUGACCUCUCCUGUUCAGAGCCCCCAUCCAGUAGGGGGUAUGUACCGUAAUCACCACAGCAGCCCCCCUCAGGCAAUGAACAACGAACAUAGACCAAAGAAGCCCUCCCCGUUGGUUCUGUCUUAUGAGCCAAUCAGAAGGUCCACUAGCCCAAGUAGCCCAGGGUCAGAGGACAAGGGGCAGGAGGAGGAGGAGGAGGAGGAGGAGGAGCUGGAGGAACAAGAGACUGAAGAUGGGUCCAAAGGUCAAAAGUCACAGAAACAGCGAGAACUUUCAGGCGACAGACAAAGAGAAAAGAAAGAAACACUGAAGCUGACCACGGACAAAUCCCCUUCAUCCAUUGAGCAAGCCAGUACUGAUGAUUCCAUGCCUGCACCCCAAACACCGGCAGCAGACAGUGCGGUCAACAGUCCUCGUGUACCGAAGCAAAAACACAAGCCGCCCCCACUUCCGGUGCCACAGUCCCCACUUACGGGGGGAGAUGGGUCUUUUGCCUCUCCUGGCCCCGGAACUAACAGCCCUCGGCGUGGGGUCUCCUUCAAAAAUAAGAUGCAGGAUGGAAUGGAAAAAGUGCUACAGGAAGUGAACUUUGACAAGAGGUUUGAGGCCCUACCACAGUUUGUGCCGGAGAAUACCAAUAUGGACUCGCCUGUCCCACAGAGUCCACGAGGCAUCAUCAGCUGUUACAAGAGGCGACGUAAAGUUUCCUCACUAGCUACGGGAGAGUCCACACCCAAUGAGACUUUUGACCCUGUAUCCCCUAGCUACAAGAAAUUUUCCAGUGAGUCGGAGACGGGGACCCCACAGACGCCUCGGAGUGCCCGAUUUGAUGACAAUAUGUUCUUUGGUAGCAACUUCAGUUUAGAAACCUUGGCUGAUGCUGCUGUGUCCUCCAAGCCAGCAGAAGAUUUCCUAGAGAGUGGGCUUAGUUCUCCCAUGACCCCCAGAACUCCUAGCUCACCCGGACAAUUCUCAUCACUCCGAAGGAUCCUUGACCAGCGUCGGCAACUUGUCAUGCAGUUGUUUCAGGAACAUGGACUGUUCCCAUCAGCCCAAGCCACUGCCAAUUACCAGGCAGAACACGCCUCUAUUUUCCCGUCAAAGGUCUGUCUACAGCUGAAGAUCCGCGAGGUGCGACAGAAAAUGAUGGCACAAUCAGCAGCGGUGGAGAAAGCUGCGUCAGGAGAUGCUUCUUCUGGAAGUAUGCCAUCCACUCCCAUAGGUACAUAUCCACCCCCCGGUGACUCGGACAGCAGUACAGGAGGGAUGGAAUCGCACCCAGGGGAGGACACGUUCCCCUCGGGGCUCACAGAGGACGACAAGUGAUUUAUAUAUCAAAACGAUCACACAUAGGGGAGGACACGUUCCCCUCUGGGCUCACAUAGGACGACAAGUGAUUUAUAUAUCAAAACGACAAGUGUGAAGAAUGUGACUGUCAGAAGUUUGGGGGAGGAUUCUCCUUUAUCGAUUGACAAGAGUGGGGAGGUCAGAAGCUUGGGGGAGGAUUCUCCUUUAACGAUUGACAAGAGUGGGGAAGUCAGAAGCGUGGGGGAGGAUUCUCCUUUAUCGAUUGACAAGAGAGGGGAGGUCAGAGGCUUGGGGGAGGAGUCUCCUUUAUCGAUUGACAAGAGUGGGGAGGACAGAAGCUUGGGGGAGGAUUCUCCUUUGUCGAUUGACAAGAGUGGGGAGGUCAGAAGCUUGGGGGGGGAUUCUCCUUUAUCGAUUGACAAGAGUGGGGAGGUCAGAAGAAGGGUCUUGCUAUCAGAUUAGAUAGGUAGCCUUACUUUGCUGAUUGAGAGAAAAAGAUGUGCCAUAAAUGGCAGAUUUGUUUUUAUAGAUGAAAAUUUCACUUAUCGCGAAAUGAUUAACUUCCAAGUUGUGGAUGUGUAAGUGAAGUUUAUGAUAAGAAUUAGAGGAAUGUCAGUAUUAUUGAUAGGCAUAAUGAUAUCAGUAUCAUUGAUAGGCAUAAUGAUAUCAGGCAUAAUGAUAUCAGUAUCAUUGAUAGGCAUAAUGAUAUCAGUAUCAUUGAUAGGCAUAAUUUUAGAUAAUCCAAUUAUGUUUCUCUUGUUUUGAAUCAUUUAUUUUUCUUCAAAAUGAUAAUUUUUGAUUUCAAAAUGUUGUAUCGGUUAACAUCACUGAAUACAAGCAUCAUGAACCAAUACCCGUUAUAGACCAUAGGUUAGUUUUGAAAUGCUACCUGUUACAGUCCAUAGGUUAGUUUUGAACCAAUACCUGUUAUAGUCCAUAGAUUAGUUUUGAACCAUUACCUGUUAGAGUUCAUAGGUUAGUUUUGAAAUAUUUUUGUCCUGUUCCUUGAUAGGAAGGUUAAAAUUAGACUGCUAUUUGCAUUUACUUGUUAUCAUCACCAGUUAGUUAUUAUCACUUAGAUACCAUGUCAAUAUUGUAUGACUUAAAUAGUAAUGUGCAAGAAGAUCAGUAUUACAUUUUCUUCACACUCCAGAAUAUAAGAUGAAUACCAGUCGAGAUAGUAAUUGUUUUAUUUGACAUCACAAUCAAUACGUCACAGAUAACUUUGUGAGAAUUAAACAGUUUUAAAAUGUUAAUGUCAAAAAAUUGAAUCUAAAGAUAAUGCAAUAUUUAGUAUCGGAAAAUAUUGAGUGAAAAUUCUGGUCGAAGAUUGAUCAUCCAUUAGGGAGUUAGUGGCGACGUGGAUAUUGAUGGAUAGUGCUAUCAUGUUAUAAAUAUUGAGAAAAGUCAUCGUAUUUUAAUGUAUAUAGUGAGCAGUUAGUUUUACACAUCUCAGCAUGUACUGACAGACGGUCAGUUCUCCUAUUUCGUCUUUUCGUAUUGCAGAGUUAUCUUCUCUUUUGAGCAGGUAUUGAUUGUUACGUCAUUUGUUUGUGAGA